CUUAUGUAUGCUGCUUUUCAACCUAACUGUCAACAUAUGAGGGGCGUUUAUGCACGUACAUGGAUUGACCAAUCGCAAAGCACCGUCUAUAUUUUCAUCUCACUCGUAACCAAUCACAACGCUCGCUGUUAAAAUCAGGGUCGGUUGUUCGGUCGCUGUUGUGUACGUGCUGUUUAGCGCAGCAAUGUUUAGCUAUGAUCGUGUUGAAAAGCGCGUUAAUACAUAGGUUUAAUGCAGUGGCCUGAUAUAUCGAUAAUAUUUGCAUGCUGAAUGCGGCCAUUGCUGUCAGCUGUACUCUCUGGACGGACCCCACUGCCAUGAUCCUAAUUUAAAAGGAUUUCUUUCAUAAAUAUUCUGGCCUUGGUCGUUACACAUUCUUCCACUCACAAUGAGACUAUACGCUUAUCUCCUAAAGGACCAUUUACCAAAAAUUGAAUAUUAUUCAAGGUUUUCACCAUCGCCUCUGUCAAUCAAACAGUUUCUGGAGUUUGGCAGGGAUAAUGCCUGCGAGAAGACGUCCUACAUGUUUUUGCGAAAGGAGCUGCCGGUGCGUCUGGCGAACACAAUGAGGGAGGUGAACCUACUGCCUGAUAAACUGCUCAGUCAACCAUCAGUCAAACUGGUGCAAAAAUGGUACAUGCAAAGUUUUUUCGAGUUGCUAGAGUUUGAAAACAGGAAGCCAGAAGACCCACAUGCACUGAAUGACUUCCUGGAGAGUCUUAUUGACAUAAGAAACAGACACAAUGAUGUCGUCCCGACUAUGGCCCAAGGUGUGAUCGAGUAUAAAGAGAAGUUUGGCUUCGACCCAUUUGCCAGCUCCAACAUCCAGUACUUUUUGGACCGCUUCUACACAAACCGAAUCUCCUUUCGCAUGCUCAUCAACCAGCACACUCUCCUCUUUGGCAAUGACAUCAAUCCAGCCCAUCCUAAACACAUUGGCAGUAUUGAUCCCAAUUGCAAUGUGGCAGAGGUUGUGACCGAUGCAUAUGAGACUGCCAAGAUGGUGUGCGAGCAAUAUUAUAUAGCUGCCCCGGAUCUCAAGAUUGAGGAAUUCAAUGCCAAGGCUCCGAAAAAACCCAUCCAAUCUGUGUAUGUACCUUCUCACCUUUUCCACAUGCUGUUUGAAUUGUUUAAGAAUGCAAUGCGGGCCACGGUUGAGCUCCACGAGGGCAGCGAGGAGGGUCUUCCCCCUAUAAAAGCAAAAGUGACCCUGGGAAAGGAAGAUCUCUCUGUGAAGAUCAGUGAUAGAGGAGGAGGUGUGCCUUUACGGAAAAUUGACAGGCUGUUCAACUACACCUACUCAACUGCACCGACUCCCAGUCUGGACUCAAAACGAGUGCCGCUGGCUGGCCUUGGGCAUGGCUUACCGAUAUCAAGACUUUAUGCUCGAUACUUUCAAGGGGACCUGAAGCUGUACUCAAUGGAAGGAGUUGGGACAGAUGCUGUUAUCUAUCUGAAGGCCCUAUCUAGUGAAUCAUUCGAACGUCUGCCCGUCUUUAACAAAUCCGCUUGGAGGCAUUACCAAGGAGGCCCAGGAGCCGAUGACUGGAGUAACCCAAGCAAAGAACCAAGAGACGCCUCGAAAUACAAGGCUAAAAGAUAAUUGCACUCGCACCGCACACCAGCAAAACAUUCCACUGCACCAACUACAUCGUAUUCUCUGUGUUAGCCUACUAGCGUCUGUUGCCAUGGCAACAUCACAUCAAUGCUAAGUGUUCUAUACUUGUUAGCAUUUCCAGAGCAGAACAUGUGAUAAUUUAGAUGUCUGCUUAUUCCUUCUUUGUACAGUUGCAAAUUUCAGAUGUAGAUUCCCAUUACUGUGUCUUCCAGGGUAGUGUAGUUUAAGGGGUGAAACUUUGUGCCCAUAGUAAGUAGCAGAUGCUUGUGCCACACAGUAGAGCCCCUGUUUUGUUUUCUAAAACAGCCAGAGAAGGACGCCUGGAGUUUGAGAAGGUCAAAACAAAGACCACUACUUAUGCUGCCAUUCAGAAAUUCGCAGGCAAAAGGGAGGCGGGGAUUGUCCACUGUUUCCAUGGGUACCGCUGCAAUUUACCUAAUGGAGACGUAUUUAGUAAAGACUUUCUAUUAUUUAGUAGGCGCUGGAUGAAUCUCAUGAUACCCAUCAACGGCAUUAGGACAACACUGCAUUAGUCUGUUUUUCGUUUUCGCAUCGCGAUUUUCAUUAUCAGUUACAUUCUUAAAAUAAUCACAGUGCAUGCCUUAAUUUAUCCUCUGGAAGGAAAAUUGAGGGAAUCUGCAACCAUGGAACAAUGCACUUUUAAACAAAAUCUAAAUAGUUAAAUACUAUUUAUUUAUUUAUUUAUUAACCCCCCCACACUUCUUUUAAGCUGUCAUUCAAACUUUGCAUUUGUGUAGAGACAUGCCGAUGUUGUUCUUGACUGCUCUGGGAUAAGUCAUUUUUAAAUGCAGGUAGCAGUUUAUGUGGUAUGUUAACUUAUAGGCCAGCAAUGUAAAUGAAGUAACGGUGGUGAACGCACACACCAGAACGGCCUAUUAUAGCAUAAAGAGUGCUACUCAUUGUUUUUUUUUUGUUUUUUGUUAAGAAAGCAGAUUCUGCUUUUACAAUAUUUUGGCACAGGUUAUAAUAAAAAGAUACUUAACUUAUUUAAAAUGGACAAUAACAUUUAGAUAAAAGCAUGCAUGAUGCUAAGUCAUAAAAGCAUAGGCGGAGUCGCAUUUGUGCUUGGGGGCACCUGCCAGCAAACAAGGGUACGGCAUGCUGUAGAGAUUGCGGCUUUAUGGUUUUAAAAUAUGGUUUAAAUUAAUUAAAACUAUUUUAGCCUUAAGUUAUUCCAGUCUCAUAUUUCUAUUUUAUGAAUAGCUCAGACAAAAUCAUAAUUUUCUCUAAUAUGGGGGGGCAGUGCCCCCCUGUCCCCCCCAAACUCAAAAAAGUAAGUUUCCUCUAUGACUUCUCUGUCACUGUUGAUAACUGUACAACAUGACCCUCAACAGAAUAAGUUCUGGUUAAUGUAAUACUGAUUAUGAACUCUUUAGUUUUUGAUUUAGUUCCUUUUUUAACAUAAUUCAUUUCCUUUCUGACAUUCCUCUUAAUGAAAUUUCCUUGUUUGUGCUAAAGGAAUGUUUUCCACAGUCUUAAAAUGGUUCCACAUAGGGAAACAGUUUGUGAGUGUUUAGGGCAAUAACACUUGAAAGGAGGGAUUGGAUGAAUUACAGUGUACCAGCUUGCCUGGUUUAAAGGAACGGUAAUUAUAAGCUUAACUUUGGCCAGACCAGUUGCUCUGUACUGUAUCUCGCUUUGUGACCUGAAACUAAGCAGUACUUGACAUAAAAUACCCUGGCUGUUAUACUUAAUGGUUCUUUUGUACGCACAACUGAAUUUCAGUGAUAUUUGAAGAGUUCAGAUGCAAAAGCCACUAAAGGCCACCUCAGUGAAAAAUGAGUUAAUGAUUGUUACCGAAUGCUCUCGACACGUACUAUAGAUGGUUUCAUCUGACGCAUGCACGUUGUAGUGGUUACGCACCUGAACCGAAGUGUGUAUUUAUUUAUCAGUCUGGCUAGCGGCUAAAGUGAUCUCUGAAACAAAUGCCUUGUCGAAAAAUUGUAAAUGUUUGGUUUGCUGAAGACAAAGGGAAACGAUGAGCAUGGAUCACAACUGUGUGGAGAGGUUUGGCAGCCAGGCAAGAGUUUAAGGACCUGUAGCUAACAUUAUAUACAUUAAUUUUACAAAAUAAUGUUAGCUCAGUGUAACAGUUCAUAUGCGUUAGAUAUGAUAUGUGAUUUUUCUUGUUAUCAGAAAUAAUCUACCGUAAAAGGAAUCUGAUGUUAUUGAUUCAAUGUGGAAGUUUACCGGAAGUUGCGUUUAGUCCACAAAAGCUGUUUGUUGAUGAUGUUGCUGCUGUAAUUGUCUAUACGUACAUCAAAUACUUUUGCGUCAAAUCUGCUUAAUACCGCCAUCAGGUAGGGCUGGGCAAAAAAUUGCCUGAGAUUCUCAUGCGUGUCUCCUCAGUAAAGCCAGUUCAGUGAUUAGUAGUAGAUCGCCAUCACCUGCUUUCAGGUGAAGCGCCAUUUACUACACAAAGCCGUAUUUUACAGAGAAGCUAGGCAAAAUCUCAUACAAUGUUGGAGGCGAUUUCCCAUGAUUUUAAAUGCGAUUUUACGAUCUUUGUGAAAUUCAUCUCUGUGUAGUAAAUGCCGCUCAUCUGAAAAAAGGUGAUGGCGAUUUACUACUAAUCAUCGAGACACGCAUGAGAAUCAUUUUAUAUUUUUGCCCAGCUCUAUCCUCAGGCAAUUCAGAAUACCGUUUUUUUAGGCAUCAUUAAAUAAUAGUCUGAUUAAAAAAGGCUAAUAAACAAGAAAUCAUGCAGAUGCACUUAGUGGGUUUUGCAUCUAAACUCUUCAUUUCUAGAGACUUGUUUUGAGUUUUUGCUUUCGAAUCUGAAUAAGAUGAACAUUUGUGCAGUAUUGCUUAACUUUCUGUAUUUAUUGCAAUACUUCUAAGUCAUAUUUUAUUACAAAAUUCAAAUGUUAGAAAGUCUGCAUAAGGAAAAGAUGUUAUGCAUGAAAUGAGAGUUGGGGAGAAAAUUUGCACAUUCAUGAAAAUGCCACCGUAAAUUAAAAGAUUAAGUUUAGUAAAAUAAGCUUCAUUUUCUUAAUGCAAAAUAUAUUUUAAAAGUUUAUAUAAUUAGAAUUUUUUCCAGAGAUUCACCAACUCCAACUUUGCAGGCAUGUUAUUGUUUUAUACAGACUGUCUAUAUACCCGCUGUAAAUUUGCAAUGUUCAUUUAAAAUGUUUGGUUAGUGUUCCACUGCUCCAUGAUAGGAACGUAGUACACUUAUGUUUUUGAAGUAUGAUUUUCAGUAUUUAUUUUAAAAGAUUUAGUGGUUUGCUAGUUUGUGUGUUGAAUUAAAUCAAUGAAGAAGCACUUUGAUGCCUUGAACUCCAAAUGCUGAGAAGAGAUGAAAUUAAAGGGAUAGUUCACCCAAAAAUAAAAUUUUUGCCAUUUGUACUCACCCUCAAGUUGUAAACCUGUAUCCAUUUCUGUGUUCUGCUCAACACAAAAGAUGAUAUUUUGCGCACCAUUGACUUCCAUAGUAUUUUUCUUUCCUACUACGAAAGUCAAUGGUGCUCCUGUUUCCUUUCUUUGUGUGCAAUUUAUACAGGUUUAUAAAGUAACAGAAUUUUUGGGUGAACUAUCCCUUUAAAUGUAAGAAUAUGACCUGUUUACCUACAAAGAAAUGUUGGUCCUAUUGUAAUGAGCUGAUAGUUUCAUUGUGUCAUGCGAACAUUGUAUCUGCAAAACGAACAACGAUUUAUGUGUUUUAUGUGAUGAAAAUUGUUUACUUAAAAACACCACUGCUUUUAGAUAAAUGUUUGAAACAUUUUAAACUGGAUAAGCUUAACCUGUAAAACUAAUUACGUGUUAGCUGAUUUUGUGUGUUUAGCUGAUAUUUUGCAACAGAUAUAAAAUCAUCACAAUGAGAGCACUGAUCUACUGACAUUCCAUCUGAAGUACUAAUAAACAGUCAAUCUCAA